AUGAAGACAGAUUGGCGAUCAAUUUAUAUCUUGACGAUUGUCGGGUUCCUCGGCUCGUUCAAGAUCGCCGCCAUGUCCUCGGGUUUAUGGGCCUACAUGAAAUUGGUAAGCUAACUUAAUAGACUGUUAUAUUUUUGCUGACUUUAUUAUUUGUGUCGUGCCAUAUUCGAAAUUGUUUCAGGUGGAUCCGGAGGUUACCGAGUCGUUUUACGGCGCCUUACAUUCGACGGCGAAUUUCUCAAAUUUGUUCAUGUCACUGUUGGCUGGGAUUCUCUGUAACAAACUUGGCGAUACCAAGUGAGUUUUUUUAUCUCAUCGAAUCACAGCAGUUACGAGCGAAAUUAUCUGAAUUUGCGUUUUCUAGGUUGUGUAUCGUCAUUGGGAAGUCCUUGUGGAUUUUUGCGGUGGUUUCCUACUUGGCUGUGGAGCUGAUGCCACAUAACGCCAAGUUCUGGUUCCUCAGCAUGGAAGUUUGCUUUGGGCUGUCUAUGGGUAAGCGUUUUUUAUAAUAAUUUUUAUUCCCUUUUUUCGAGCCUGUUUUACAAGAUUCCUGCAGGUUUAAUGAGUGUGUCUCGAACGCAUGUGGCGAUGGCAUCAACCGAGAAGGAACGGCCACGAGCCGUCUCGCUGAUGACUCUCUCCAUAACCGUUGGCAUGGCCGUGGGCCCGGCGAUCAUGGUCCUAAUGUCGCUCCUGAAAUACCCGGGAUACGAAAUGCCCUUCGGCGUCCAUAUGAAUCUCUACACCGCUCCGAUGUAUCUGCUGUUAGUUACUACGAUCAUCUCCGUUAUUUUGCUGGUCUGUUGCUUCGAUGGGACGAUGAGAGUGCCUGUUCGGAACAAGGACAGUAUCAUCUUGCCAAAGGGAAAAGGACGAACAUGGUUUACCAACAAGACCUCAUACGACAAGUUUGCGGUAUUUUUGUGCUGUCUAACUCGCGUCGUGCAAUCCACCAGUAUGUUGUUCUUGAUCAACGUCGGAGGCCCAUACAUGAUGACGGCGUUUGGCUGGAGUAGUAAGGAAUUGCUGAGGUAUAAUUCGAUAAUGCACACGGCUAUUGGGAUUCUUGGAAUCGCGAUUUGGUAAGAAUUUAUUUUCGUUAGUUUCUACGUUUGUUCUUGACGAAGCGUGUGAAAAUUGCAACCAAAUUUUUCAGCGUGUCCUAUAUCACCAAAUUCACUCAAAAAUACCUAUCGGAUCGUCGAGCAAUCAUCAUAGGGACGGCUCUGAAGCUAUCCUAUUACGUUAUCACCUAUCCCUACCCAUUCCUGGAGAAAACGAUUCCCUACGAGAUCAGGGAUGAAAACGGAACGAUAAUUGAAAAUGGCUGCUCCGAACGAUUCGACUGGUGCGCAACUACACCACUGAUCAACGCUUGGGUCUAUUGUAUUGCGAAGGUAUUGUGUUUCGGAACUGGUUUCCCAUUGAUCAUGCUAAAUCUCGAUGUGCUCUACUCGAAAGUGCUUGGCAACAUCAAACAAGGCACCAUGCAGGGCAUUUUCUUGGUCAGCGGAGAAGUCUUGACCAUUAUUGGGCCGAUUAUCUUUACGUAAGUUGAUUAUAUUGGAUGACUUUUCAGACGAAGGAGUUCCAAUUUACAAUAAGCAUUUUUAGCACGGUGUACGAAGCCACCGGUCCGGCCUACAUCUGGCAGUUCAAUAUCGUCACCAUCACUGGAAUUCUUAUCCUAUGGGUAGUCUAUUACGACCGAAUGAUCUCAGCAACUCGGCGAAAAGAAAAUAAACGGCAGAAUCUCCCGCCCGAAGUCCCCAUGGACAUUGCGAUACAGGACGACGCAAAACCCGUCGGCUCCGCCAACCCCAUUUAA